UCAAUUUUCUUGGUACUUAUUCAGUGCUGAUAUUUUCCACGUAACUAGCAGAUAAAAUAGGGAUUGUGGAUAGCAAGUUGAUGUAUCAAUAUGUGCUUAACUAAUUUAAAUUAUAGCGUUGACGUCGCUCACACGUUACCAUGGAAACGUUACCAAGCUCUUGCCAGUGGCAGUUUCACGAGUUACAAUGGAGUUUACGGGUAGCCGUUAUAGUGGCACUUACAAAAAUUGGAGGAUGGAAGGCAGAGGAGAGUACAAUUUCCCCACCUUGACAAGAUAUGAAGGGGAAAUGAAGGAUGGAAUGUUUCAUGGAAAAGGAGUACUAUACUUUCCCAAUGGAAGCAAAUUUGAGGGAAGGUGGGAAAAAGGAAUAUCCAAACAGGGCUGCUAUACCUUUUCUGAUGGGCAGGAGUACCAGGAAACAGACUGGGAUUACUGUGAUGGCUAUGAUAGGCGCUUUUACACGGAGAGAUGCCAUGGUCUGAAACCUGCAGGAGAGUCCCAGCUAACUGAUGAAGACCCCCCUCGGGUCAUUCCUGAUGGUUGCUAUGGCUGUGGCGACGGAUUCUACGAUCCUACCACCAGAGUUAUUAUUGACUAUGAGGGCAGUUUUCUUCGAAAUGCUGAUGACCAAGAACACGAAUGCAUAGUUCGGACAUGUCGGAAGAGCUGGGAUGAGUUCGUGGGCCACUCUCCCGGGAACGGUACACCGGACGAAUAGUGAUCUUAAUACAAAGAGCUAAUGUUGAUGUAAUUCGACUAACUUUUAUUAAACGUUUCAUUACACAAAGGUAGUAAAUUAUUUUCCGAAAUGUUAUGGUAAUAAAACGAGCUAUUAAGAUAAAGCUCGGUAUUCAUUGAUGUUUUCCCCCUUUAAAAAAACAACAACUUUGACUGGACUAAGGUGGAUUCCAGCUCUACUUGAUUGCCCUUGUGUGCGUGUGUAUAUGUCCAUAUUUCGGCUGUAUGAUGCAGUAUGUGCAGUUUUGUAUUUCAGGGAGUAUAAUUUUAAGUUGUUCCAAAUACAUACUACAGUAAUAAUUUAAUAACAAUCCAAAUUUGGAUUGAACAAUUAUCAAUAUAAAAUGAAACAUUUGUGAUAUUUCUGAAAUUCCUGAUGCUUUAAGUUGGCCAGUUCUAAAAGUUUUACAAUUAUGCAGUUGUAUUUGCAGCCUUCACUGUUGUGUCAUAUUGUGUUCCUAAUUAAAAAACAGCAAAAGGAAACCAUUAAUAAAAUAUGCAUUAAUAUAAUAAAAUGUGGCAUUCAUGUACAGUAUACCAGUUCAGGAAUAAGAAUACACUGUACUGUCCAUACAAGUCAGUCAAACUCAGCUUAGGAACUCUCCAUUAGAUGUCUGUGUGUGUGUGUGUGUGAGUGAGUGAGUGAGAGAGAGAGAGAGAGAGAGAGAGAGAGAGAGAGAGAGAGAGAGAGAGAGAGAGAGAGAGUUAGUCAAAGGCUGUGUCUUAGUGUGUCCUUUGAAACAGUACCCGGGACAGGAGACCAGACUUGUGAUGCAGACUGACAGUACUUUCCUGUAUAUGAUGGUGCUGGAAUCAAUGAGUGAGUCAUUACUACACACACUGACCCGUAAAGGACCGGCAGCUAUGCCAUCGGCCUGUGAUUGCUUCCUGCUAUACAUCAUAUGCUCACACACACAAACCUAAGAAAUAUAGUACAUAAAGAUAUACUGUCCAGCAUGAAUGUUUUCUAUUAGUACUUAAAAUGUACAUUCACACAUUUAAGUAUAGGAUCAUGGACUGAAGGUUGUUGUUGCUGUUUAAGUCUGUGUCUGAGAGCCUGUCACCCAGUAAACCUGGUUUUAAUUUAGUUCAUAUUAAACAAACAUUGAAGAGCUUCAGGAGUGGUGGCUCUUAGGUCCCUCUCUGAUUGAGGUUUGUCUCUCCAUAAUUUUUGUAAAAAUACACUAUAUAUAUAGUGUAUUCAUUGA